AAUGUACCGCUAAUUAAAUACGAUUUUGGCAAUAAUAAAGUGGACAAAACAAGAGUUGAUAUUUAUUGCUCUGGUAUUUCUUUUCGUGAUCUAUCAAUAACUAAUGGCCAUAUUUCUGGUGGUUUUGACUCAAUGUUUACUGAUUGUCUGUUGGGCGGGGAAUACGCCGGGCGUCGGGCGGAUACCGGGCAACGGGUUAUGGGUAUUGAGUUCGGGCGCUGUAUUGCCACUCACGUUAACGCCUGUGUCUUCAAUAUGGCUCCGAUACCCGAUCACUGGUCAAUGGCUGAGGCGGUGACUGUACUCAAUAGCUAUUCUACAGUAUAUUAUGCACUCAUUAAAAAGGCUAAUAUUAAAAAAGGCGAAAGUGUAUUAAUACAUUCCGAAGCGGGAAGUGUAAGUCAGGCGGCCAUUAAUGUGUGCGAACACUACGGAUGCGAUAUCUAUGUGACGGUUGGGACGGAAGAGGAAAAACAGUUUCUCAUCAAAGAGUAUAAUAUUCCGGAGAAUCGGAUCUUUAGGUCAAGAGAUAUGCGAUUCAAGAGUGAGAUAAUUGAGGCGACAAACGGUCGGGGAAUAGAUGUUGUGCUCAACUCAUUGACCGGCAAAAAGUCGGACUUGAGUUUUGAAUGUUUGGCAAAAGGUGGUAGGUUUAUACAGUUGAACAAAUUGGACCAUGGGCAAAAUGGGCAAAAUCGUAAACACAAUCCAUACGAUUUUGACGGCGAUAUUCAACACAUCGUAGUUUCAGCCAAUCAUUUGAUUACAGACAUCGGGUUUUUGCCAGAGUUUUAUGAAUGGAUUCAACUUAACUCUAAUCCAAAGGGUUUUGUCCGUCCAUUGAAUUAUACUGUAUUUGGACCCAAAAGAGUUGUCGAUGCGUUUCGUUAUAUGACUACCGGUCGACACAUCGGGAAAGUAGUCAUUAAAUAUAGGGACGAACCGUCAGAUGUUGAAAAAGUAUUCAUAAUAACGGGUGGUUUGGGAGGAAUGGGAUUGGAGUUGAUGUCAUGGAUGCAUAUGAGAGGCGCCCGAAAGUUUGUACUCACUUCUCGUUCUGUACACAAUUGUGACGAAAUCGUGUUCGCGUGCGCUUCGGGAACCCUUAAAAAGCCGUCGAACAGCGAGGUCGAACUGAACGUCAUGAAUGGACAGAUGGUGGCUCGACUCCGGAACGAGGUCGGACCGAGUAUCGGACAACAACACUUGCAAUGGAGUGAUUGGUCUAUUGAAUUGUCUGCGUUUAGAACCGGGAGUUCUUAUAUUCGGUGUCUUUUCGAUUACGACCAGAAACUGUCGAAAGACAUCGACUUCACUAAAAGUCCGUUCAAAAAGAUUAAGGAAUUAGAUUUGGUGUGCAAUAUAUACAAAGGGGGCAAAUGGGGGGCUCAGAGACACAUACUGUUGCCCGAAGAGCAGGAGACCAUCGACACAGAGCACGCGUACCUCAAUGUCGUGACGCGCGGAGAUAUG